AUGACUUCAGUGGCGGAGUUGCAGGAGGCGAUUCGCGAGGCGGAGCGGCAACAUCGCGAGGCGAUGGAGGCGUUGGGCCGGCAGCGCGAGACACUAAAGAGUGUUCUCGAAGACCAAAAACAAAUGUUUCAGGAACUCGUCACCCGCGUAACGAAACUACGCAUGGCCCGCGGUGAAUCUCUCGCAGCCAAUAAUAAUAAUAAUAAUAAUAAUAAUAAUAAUAAUAAUAAUAAUAAUAAUAAUAAUAUUAACAACGCGAUUACAUUCAACACGGGCAGUGCAGUGGUGGAUGCGAUUCUCGGCGAUGUGCAGGCGAAGAGAAAGGCGGCCACACUGACGGGGGACACACUGCUGGAUCGAUUGAGUACAGCCGCCACGCAGGCCGUCACGCCGUCGUCAGGGAAAAAGUCAACAGGACUCUCACACAAUAGUGUGAUUUCCCGCAGCACAGGUAUUGUCUUUGUAAUGCGAAAUGAGAUUCGUGGUAUGCAGCCAUGGAUGCAGAAACACUACAAGAAGUGUAAUGUAUGCAAUGCAAGACGAAAGAGUUUACAACCAUGGGAUCAAGUGGAUGAAAAGGCGAUUGGUAUGGCAGCAGCACCGAACCUUCGACAUAUUCCUGGAAAAAGUUUUCAGUCUUUAUCUCUUCGAUUUUUGAAAUUACAACACCAAGGACGUCUCUUAGAUGUACUUCGUUUUUCUUUGGUUAUGGAUAUGAAAAGUACAACUGGAGGUAAGAUAACGAAUCAAGAAGAUAUUCGAGGGAAACUAGAAGAGGUUAUUACAAAGUGGGCUAAAAAAUUGAUUAAUACAGCAAAAGAAGCUGUUAAAGAUGCACCUUGGAAUAAAAAAGAAACUGAAAAUUUAUUUGUCGCCGGUGCAGUAGAUAUGUUUUUACACUCCUUAGAUGUACGUGUAAAGGUAUCCAUAGCCCCAUCAGCUGAAGUACACAGUAUUAAGGAGAAUUGUACUCCGUUUGUCGUUGAUUUUACAAUUACUACACCAACACAUAUUCCUAUUAUUGAUCCAUUUAUUGAUUUGUUAAGUAAUGCUGAUCAACGUGCCUAUAUUUUUAAACAUAUUGUAGAACCUUUAGCCCGAAGUUUGGGUGAGUUUAUUGGAAUGCCAGAUAUGGUUUUAAGAUAUACAAAAAUAGGUAACAAUGCAUUUGAUGCCUUAUACCGCAUGGCUCAAUGUGAUGGAAUGGUAAAUAAUGCACAAAAAAGUGCUUCCUUAAGUUCUUCAAAUUCCAUAUUUCCAGAGGGAACAAUGAUGAAGGUACGCAAUAUCCUGUAUGCAUUGGCCGUAUUUGAUACUAGAGUGGAAAUUGAUUGUGCUAUCCCACAUGUGAAUGAUGUGACAGACAUUGAUUCUGCUAAAGAAGGUGCUCUCUCUAUUGCGCAGAGUUUUCUACAACUUCUUGUACCACCUAGACCUGUUAAAGUGCCUUUUGUCAAUGAUCCAAUGAGUGUGGAUCUUGUUGUUCAGCUGAAACGAGCCCCAACGAGUUUAUUGCAAAUACUUAACAGUGCUUUUAGUAGUAAUAAACGUUUGCCAUCCACAUCACGUGUGGGAGUUGUGGAUUUUCUGGCCUCACCCAAGGCUAAAGUACGUUAUGCACUUAAGAUUUUCUCUGAGAUUGUGGUGGAUAUUUAUAGGCCGUACGCACCAGAUAUAGGUGUAGUAAUAGCGGAGGAAAAUGGAAAGAAUGGAAACCCCAAAGCUUCUGGUUGUAUUCCUGUUGCCGAUAUGCCUCGUGAUAUUGUACGUGCUAAUAUAGCAGUAGCUGAACAAGCCGAAUGUGCCUUAAAUAAACUCCGCGAGUUAAGACAUGAACGUGCACAACAACAGGUUAAGAAUAUAUCGAGUGCCACAGAAUUAGAACGAGAUGUAGAAAAGAUUAUGCAUCGUGUGGUGGAACAAGUGCAGAGUGAUUCCUUGUACACGGAACUCAUGAAAGAUCUUCAAAAUCUUCACGUGGAGGUUGAGGAGGUUUUACGGGCAAGUAUUGAUAUUUGGCUUCCAUUUGGUUUUGAUUUUACUAAUAUGAUGAACGAAAACAAUGAACUUCUGUACGCUCGUUUCGAAGGUCGUCGUCACGCUUGA